AUGUUCCACGCGUCCAAAGCGCUGACCGCCCUGUGGCGGUUGACCGGGUUAGGGACGUUCUCGUUGACCGGCUGUCCGCCGCCGCCGUCGUCCCGUCUAUCGGUCGUGUACGCAGUGACCGUUUAUUCGGCGUACGCGUACCUGUGCUCGGUACUGACGUCCGAACGGCUGAACGCGUACAGGCAACACGAGAGCGGCACGUUUCAGAUCCACGUGAUCCGGGACACGAACAUGGGUCUUCUGUUCGUCGCGUCCACGGCGGUUUACUGGAGCGCGGCCGCGUACCGCCGGCAACACGUGCGCGUGUACGCCGAGCAUGCGGCGGUGGUGCACCAGCUGUUCGGCUCCACGGUUCCGGCCGGCCGCCGUGCAGUGGACGCGUGCUAUUGGGUGCUGUACGCUCUGCUGGCCGCCGCCCUGUCACUGGACGUGCGCCGGUACACGGGCCCUAGGCCCUGGACGUUCGGGGCCGUCUACGUUUGGGGCCAUUACGCGCUGCUCACCGGAAACAUGCAGUUCGCCAUUACCGUUUUUGGACUGUGGCAGUGUUAUCGCGAGCUCAACUGUCGGAUGCGAGCCGGAAGCGCGGGCCGUCGCCGCGAUUUCGGCUUGCACGAGUAUGGAACCGCUGACACCACCAAAAUCCAGUGUUCGGACGUCCCGCCGCAGAACAUGAUGUUCAUCAGCGGUAAGAACCCGACCGCAUGA